AAUGCUCUCACAACUUCUACACACAUAAAUGCAUCGACACACCCAAGUUGUCGCUGCCGCUGAAGUCUUCCUGAAAUCCGAAGGGGAAAAGAGCGCCAGCUGCUGGCCAGCGCACGUGACCGGGAAGGAAGGCGCUCCCGCCCAUGAUGGGAUGGGAAAACUAUGCCUGAGGCCCGCAUCUCCCGCUGCUGCAGGCAGGACCAAGCACCACCAGACCUGGACGUGGCGCGGGGUAGAGAGGCAAGAAGAGUUGAUGAAGCCUUUCUUCCCUACACACAGCCAGGAAGAACAACUUAGAUGACAGGAUUUACAAAGGUGACCACCAUGAUAUCCUGGGUACUCUUGGCCUGUGCCCUUCCGUGUGCUGCUGACCCACUACUUGGUGCCUUUGCCCGAAGGGACUUCCAGAAAGGUGGCCCUCAACUCGUCUGCAGCCUGCCUGGCCCCCAAGGCCCACCUGGCCCUCCAGGAGCACCAGGACCCUCAGGAAUGGUGGGAAGAAUGGGUUUUCCUGGUAAAGAUGGCCAAGAUGGCCAGGACGGAGACAGGGGGGACAUCGGAGAAGAAGGGCCACCAGGCCGGACAGGCAACCGUGGCAAACAAGGACCAAAGGGCAAAGCUGGAGCCGUUGGGCGGGCCGGUCCUCGGGGACCCAAAGGGGUCAGCGGUACCCCAGGGAAGCAUGGCAUACCAGGCAAGAAGGGACCUAAAGGCAAGAAAGGGGAACCUGGGCUCCCAGGGCCCUGCAGCUGCAGCAGUGCCCGUGCCAAGUCGGCAUUUUCGGUGGCGGUGACCAAGAGCUAUCCACGGGAGCGACUGCCCAUCAAGUUUGACAAGAUUCUGAUGAAUGAGGGCGGUCACUACAAUGCAUCCAGUGGCAAGUUCAUCUGCAGCGUCCCGGGGAUCUACUACUUUACCUAUGACAUAACAUUGGCCAACAAACACCUGGCCAUUGGCCUAGUGCACAAUGGCCAAUACCGCAUUCGGACUUUCGAUGCCAACACGGGCAACCAUGAUGUGGCUUCAGGCUCUACCAUCCUAGCUCUCAAGGAGGGUGACGAAGUCUGGCUGCAGAUCUUCUACUCGGAGCAGAAUGGACUCUUCUACGACCCUUACUGGACCGACAGCCUCUUCACGGGCUUCCUCAUCUACGCUGACCAAGGAGACCCCAAUGAGGUAUAGACAAGCUGGAGUUGAGCCUCCGGAAAGGGACUGAGUUUCUGGGGAACGGGUGCUGAUGGAGGAAGACCCCUGGACUGGGGCUGGGGCCUGGCAGUCUUGGGAGCUUCUGUUGCUGCUUUAAAAAAAAAAAAUCAUUAAACCCAAGCUUUUGAUUCAUUA